AUGGAGAAGCUGUUCGGCCGUCGAAAUGCGCUGCUAGCGCAAGUGAAGGGGGAGCUUUCAGCCGCGAAAAACCUCACCGAGUCCAACUCCCAAAGUGAGGUUAGAGAGCGGUUGGACCAGCUCAAAGUGCUUGCUGACAAAUUUCGGGCGGUGCAAGGAGAAAUAGAGGAGAAUCAACAAGAUCCUGCUGCGAUUGCGUCCGUGUUCGAUGUUCGCGAAGAGUUUUUCGGCAUGUACUACCGUGCGAAAACAUUGUUCGAAGCAGCUCUGGAUGAUGUCGGAUCUUCCGCGAGCCAGCAAACCAUCGCCGAAUCGAAAGAUUGGAAGGAGGCUCUGCAGCUGCUUAUCGAGACACAACGACAGAUGUUGUUGCAGCAGCAGCUGCCGUCAAGAACGAUGCAGAACGCGAAUGUUUUUCCGGAAGAUGGUCAGAUGCCGAAUGCUGCACCCCAACACAAUGUUCGUCUCCCAGCUAUCAACGUGCCAACAUUCAGCGGCAAUCGCAAAGAGUGGCAAACGUUCAAGGAUCUCCGGAAUGAUAUUUCGGCAUCGCUGAAAAUGCAAUAUUUAUUUUCGUAUUUGGAUGGAGAUGCCAAGCGUUUGGUAAACAAAUUCACGAUUAGCAGUGCGAAUUAUGCCAGAGCGUGGGACGCCUUGUGUACACACUACGACAAGAAGCGGUUCACGGUCUUUUCUCUGGUGCGUGAAUUGGAGCAACCAACGGUGGCGAGUUCCAACCCUCAAGGGCUGAGUAGGUUGGUUACGACAUCCGAUGAGGUCGUGCAGCAGUUGGACGCGCUAGGCCGAGAGUUUCGUGGACGAGAUCCGUGGCUUAUUCACUUGAUGCUCGAAAAGCUGGAUCGGGAGACUCAGGUAAGCUGGUCGCAGAAGGUGAUUGAGAAUGACAAUCCGUCGUUCGAAGAUCUGCUGUCGUUCCUGCGGCAACGAUGUGAGGCACUGGAGACCUGCUCAGCUUUUACGAAGAAGGAGGCGAAUAAGAAGGAAGUAAAAUCAGUGAUAAGUGAGAAGAAAGUGAGGGCGUUACACGGAGUAGCGUCGAACCAAAAGUGCGCGAAAUGCUCAAAAGAGCAUAAUACGUAUUUGUGCGAGGACUUUAAGCAGAUGAGUGUUGAAGACAGGCGGGUUUUGGCACAAAAGGCCAAAUUGUGCUUUAACUGUUUGAGGCCAUCGCACAGUGCUAAAUUCUGCUCCUCGAAAUCUGUGUGCCGUACACCGGAAUGCAACCAACGCCACCAUACGUUGCUCUGUCCCGGUGUGAAGAAGGACAAACGUAUCGAAGAAAACACAAGUGAAAGUGCUGCUCCGGAAAGUGUUGAGAAGAAUAUCAAUGUUCUGGCGGCACAGUUGCCAGUGCAAGAGUGCCAAACGAUUUCAUUGCUUCCUACGGCGGUCGUCAACGUGCGGAAGACGGAUGGAUGCUUUCUGCAAAUGAGGGCAUUGAUCGACUCCGGAUCGCAAGCUACCCUUGUGUCGGAAGAAUGUGUGAAGAAAUUGGAACUACCGAGACGCAACGGUAAGUUGUUCGUCAGCGGGCUAGGUAGCCAGCAGGUAGGAACUACUCGCGGUGUAGUUACACUACAACUGGCACCCAGGUUCAACGAGAUUGUCGUCAUUUCAACUAACGCCUACGUUCUCGGUAAGUUGACCUCUACUAUUCCUACGCAAAAGUUCAAGCUGAGCAAUAUGAAGUUGCUGGAGAAUCUCGGUGAGCUGGCUGAUCCAACGUUCAACCGGCCGGCUUCCAUCGACAUCAUACUUGGAUCGGACGUCUUUCUUGCGCUGCUCGAGGGUGGCCAAGUCAAGGACGAAUGCGGCCUUACGGUGGCCCAACGUACGGUCUUUGGUUGGAUCGUGGCGGGGAGGUACGAUGCAGCGGAGUCCAUUUGCAGCAGCCAUGCGAUCGUCAGCCUGCAAACGGAGGUGGACUUGAAUCGUACCCUACGGCUUUUCUGGGAGCAGGAGGAGCUGAACAGCAAGCAACAGUUGACUCCUUCUGAGGUCAAGGUUAUCGAGCACUUCAACUCGACCCUGACACGCGACGAGAACGGGCGCUUCAUUGUUCGUCUGCCAUUCGACAAUUCGAAGCCACCACUAGGGGAGUCCUUGACAGCCGCACACAAGCGGCUCAAAGCGAUGCAGAAGCGGUUCGAAUUCCAGCCGGAGUUCAAGCGAGAUUAUGAAGCUUUCAUGGCAGAGUACCUGGAACUACGUCACAUGGAAGAGGUUCCAGCUGCAGAGGUGAAUAGGAACCCAGCGGAGUGCUAUUAUCUCCCACAUCAUGCAGUGAUAAAGCAGGGAAGCUCGACGACCAAACUACGCGUUGUUUUCGACGCUUCCAGUUCAACGUCGACAGGAAUGUCUUUGAAUGAUCGACUUUUGGAUGGACCAAACAACAACGAAGAUCUUUGGACCGUGUCUCUCCGUUUUCGGUCACACCGAGUGGCGUUCUGCGGCGACGUGGCGAAAAUGUACCGCCAAGUGUGGGUACAUCAAGACGACCGGGACUACCUGCGGAUUUUGUGGAUCGACGACGCGGGUCAGUUGAAGCACUACCGACUUUGCACGGUAACGUACGGGACUAAAACUGCUCCAUACCAGGCGAUUCAAGCGAUGCGAGAGGCAGCAAAACCGUACGAGGUCGUCUACCCUGAGGCGGCGAAGCGAACUACGACCGACUUCUACGUGGAUGAUUGUUUGUCCGGAGCAGACAACGAAGAAAAAGCGAAACUACUCAAAGAGCAUAUCAUCGAGAUCCUUGGCUCUGCGGGGUUUGAGCUCAGAAAGUGGACAUCCAACAGUGAAGCGCUCCUGUCAGGUUCUACGCCGGUGCCACUCAAACUUUCGGAGCAGGAAGAGUCGGUGAAGGCACUGGGAAUUUUGUGGUAUCCUACGGACGACGAGUAUGGGUUCAAGAUCUUUCUUCCUAUUGACAACGUGAAUACGAAGCGGCAAAUGAUUUCCGAUUCCUCGAGAUUAUUUGAUCCUUUUGGGUGGCUCACUCCGGCUAUGGUGAAAAUCAAAAUCCUCUAUCAGCACCUUUGGCUUUUCGACGUUGGAUGGGACGAUCUGCUGCCACCUGCGAUCAUGGCAGAGUGGAUGACCAUCAAGGACAGCUUGUAUCGUCUGGAAGAAAUACGGAUUCCACGGUUCACCGGUCACGUCGGUGGAAAGCUUCAAAUUCAUGGUUUUUCGGACGCCUCGGAGCAAGCAUACGCUGCUGUUGUGUAUUCUCGUGUGGUUGAUAAUCUAGGCAACGUCAGUGUCGUUCUAGUGGCAGCCAAAUCAAGGGUGGCUCCAAUAAAGCAGGUAUCUCUUCCUCGUUUGGAGCUGAACGGAGCACUGCUACUGGCCGAGCUGAUGAGGAAGGUUUCCGAAGCAUGGUCUCAUCUGGAGAUCGAGCAGUGGGCGUGGACAGACUCCACCAUUGUGCUCCAGUGGUUAUCUGCACAUCCUCGGAAAUGGCGAACCUACGUUGCAAACAGAACGGCAGAAAUCUUGGAACACUUACCUCGACAGCAUUGGAAUCACGUGAGAAGCGAAGAAAACCCCGCCGAUUGUGCAAGCCGCGGUCUAUCCCCGUCAGAGCUAGUCGAGCAUGACUUGUGGUUCCAAGGUCCGCGUUGGUUAAAGGGCAAUCCGUGUACUUGGGAUACUGCGCUGGUGAAACUCGACGAUGACGAAGAGCUCUUGGAGCAGCGACCACAAAGGACACUGCAUGCUGCAUUAGGGCCAAUACACUACAACUUCGAGGUGGAACAACUGCUUUUGAAAAGGCGCUCCAACUUCACGCUCAUUAUUCGAAGCCUCGCAUGGGUGAAUCGGUUUGUGCAUAACAUUACCUGCACAAUCAACGAAGAACGACGAUCAGGUGAACUCUUACCUGUUGAAUUGGAGCAGGCCAGAGGACAAGUAGUUCGUGCUGUUCAACAUGAAGCGUUCAAGGAAGAAUUGGAACAACCAUUGCGAUCCAAGUGUGUUCUUUCUUCGCUUUACCCGUUUUUGGACAACCAGGGGAUAAUUCAUGUAGGAGGAAGGCUCCAGAACUCAGCACUACCGGACGAAGUCAAACAUCCGAUCAUCUUACCAUGGAAUCAUCAAGCGACAACGUUAUUGGUGCGUGAGUUACACCUGCGUAACCUUCACGCAGGGCCUGCACUUCUGACGGCGAGUAUCAACCAGCAGUAUUAG